GCCAUGACGCACCGUGUGCGUCUAUUACGUUGCGGAUGUAAACACUGCUCAGUUCACGUGGAGGGAAAACCGGGAAGCCCUGACCAUGCCACCGAAGCUGGAGCGUUUCGUUAGUCCGGGAAAAGGUAACGGUCUGCGGGCGACCGUGCGGAUCAAGAGAGGAGAGCUGGUGUACUCCGCCGAGCCGCUGGCGUGCUGCGUGUCCAACAAACUGUCCAGAGAUGUCUGCCACCACUGCUUCUCACGACGUGAGACCUUGUUGCGGUGUUCCCAGUGCAAGAUGGCUCGCUACUGCAAUACCACUUGCCAGAAACAAGCAUGGUCUGGCCAUAAGAGAGAGUGUAAAUGUCUGCAAAGCCUCCUACCCAGAAUUCCCACUGACUCAGUCCGUCUGGCGGCUAGACUCAUCUUUGCCUUGCUAAGUCCAUCUAAGAGCAGUAGUGAGGAGCUCUACACUUUGGAGGAGCAUGAGUCACACCUGAGUUCCAUGUCUGAGCACAAGAAACAAGGUGUGGCUCAGCUGACAUCCAUGUUAGAGCUGUAUCUACAACAGGAAGUACCUGACCUGGCACAGGAAGUGACGUCAGCACUGCCACCUUCCUGCCGAGAACCCUUCAGCCUUAUUGCAAAGGUGACAUGUAAUUGUUUCACCAUCAGUGACGGAGAGCUGCAGGAGAUUGGAGUUGGGCUGUAUCCUAGUUUAUCUCUGCUGAACCACGACUGUCGGCCAAACUGUGUGAUGGUGUUUGUGGGAACAAAACUGCAGCUCAGAGCUGUUCGGGAUAUCAACCCCAAAGAGGAGCUGACUAUAAGUUACAUUGAGACGUUGUCGUUGACUGAAGAUCGACAGAGACAGCUGGAGGACCAAUAUCAUUUUACAUGCAGCUGCCAGCAUUGUGACUCUCAAGACAAAGACAGACUCAUGCUGCCAGGGCACGAAUCAACAUGGCGCCUGCUGAAGGAGGAUCUACCCAGACUGGAAGGACUGAAAGCAGAGUCGGAUUGGCAAGCGUUAUUGGAGGGCUGUAGUCGUCUCUUAUCGACUGUUGGUGGUGACGUGCCCGAUGAGAAUCUGUAUAAACUCAGAAUGACAGACAUGGCUGUAGAUGCUUCCAUUCACCUGGGACACUGGGAGGAGGCUGUGGGAUACGGAGAGAAAACACUUCCAGUAUACAGCCAAUACUACCCCGAUCCUCAUCCGGUCCAUGGGGUCCAGCUGAUGAGAGUCGGAAAGCUGCAACAUUACCUGGAACAUAUUGAGGACGCUUUGGACACAUUCAAACAGGCCUAUCGGAUCAUCAAGCUCACCCACGGGGAUGAUCACCCAAUGACCACCGAUCUACUGAUGAAGAUGGAGGAAUGUCGCACUGAGAUGGUUCGACAAUCAUCAAGCAGUCACUGAGACGCAGCUACAAAACAAAGAAAAAGAAAUAGGACUGGACUCAUGUUCAUUUAAUUUAGUGGACUAACUUCACUUUCUGUCUUAAUUUCUUAAAAUCUCAAUGUUCUUAGUGUAUCAAUCAAAUCCAAUCAUCAGAUUUAGGAGAUAAACAGAAUGUAGAGAAAUAUACAUUUUGCCUUCUGUAAAUUAUAUCUGUCAUACAUUGAAAUCGGUGUGUUUGCAGUCUGAUUUUAUAUUAUCUUAUAUUGUUUUUCAGAAGUUGUCUUGUUAAAAUGUUUUGACCCCUCAUUUUGUCAAAACUGAAGGAAAAUAGUUAAGAUUUGUUAUACCCAGAUUAAAAACACAAAAGUCUGCAGCAAUGCAGCUAAGUGAGGCUGCACUCGGGGCCCAGCGGUGCUUUGAACUAUAAGCUAGUUUAGCAUGCUAAUAUGUUAGCAUGCUAAUAUGUGGUGAUUAGCACUAAACACAGAGUAACGCUGAGGCUAAUGAGAAUGUCUUUAGUUUUGGGUUGAAGUAUUAUGAUCCAGGCACAUUAACAGAGAGAAUAGUAUUUGUCAUCCAAUAUACUGUAAAUUCCUUUAAAGGAAUAGUUCAACAUUGUGUGAAUGAUUUUUAUUUGCUUUCUUUUUAGGAUUUGAGAUGAGUAAAUAUUACAGAGUUAUAUUUGUAAGGCGAUUAGCCAAGCUUAGCAUGAUGUAACAACUGGAAGUAGAGGAAACAUCUGUUCAAGGUUGAAAACUACAGCAAGCACUCACUUAUGAAUUAUUUUCUCUGUUCAAUUUUAUUGACAUACAAAGUAAGCGGUCGUGUGUGUGUGUGUGUGUGUGUGUGUGUGUGUGUGUGUGUGUGUGUGAAAAAGAGCAUGGAGACCUGUAGGCCUCUGUCUCCUGCAUUUAGUCUUCAUGUACCAUCGGUGUGUGUUUUGUGUGUGCUGUUUUUGUCAGGUUUCAAAACAUCCAUCUUUCCUCUAUAUAUAUCCUUUACACACACUUCCCAUGUUAAUCCCUGUUUUGUGUGUUAAAAGUUAAUCCCUGUGUCUGUGAUGGAAUGUGGUGAUGGGUUUCUCUUACAUACACACACACACACACACACACUAAUACACUUCCUAUGUUAAUCCCAAAAGUCUACCGUUCGCUAACUGAUGACAGUAUUUCCGCUGAGAGGGAAACCCUGUGUGUGUGUGUGUUUCCGUGGGUUAUGGGGGACUAGAAAUUCGUUUGAUAUUUAGGUUUCCAAAAAGGUUUUGGUUUUCUGAAACUUGCUCUCUCAGCACUAGAAUAGCCGACAUGUUACAAACCCCAAAUCCUUCAUCCGUCCUGGAUAAGUCAGCAGUAAACUAUUCUCUGGUCAUUACUAUUCAGCAUAAAACAAUAUUGUAUUUAUGUUUUUUAAAUUAUUGACAAUAAUUACAGAAUUACAAAAGUUAUGGCAGUAACAUGCUCUUUUAAUUUCCCCCUGCUGAUAUGUGUGGAAGAAAAGAGAAAAGGCUUUCAUUGAUGCUAUCUGGAAGAGACUAAAUGAAAUGAAUGUGAAGAUUGAAUGGAGUCGUAAUGAAACUAGUGGACUGAAUAGUCUGUGGAAGAGUCAGUCCUGCUGUACAACACUGCUGUAUACCUCCAUUACUCACUUCAUUGGCUCUGUUGCUUUCUGUCUCUCACCCUUUCUCCUCUUGCACAUCUUAACGGCCAUUAAAUUAGAUUUACUAUUGCUUAACCAUAACCCUCUGUCACUCACUGUCUCUCUCCCCCAUUUCUCUCUCUCUCACUCCCCAAAGGCUUUCAAAUUAAAUUCCCUAUUCAUUGGCAUCUCUCUCUCUCUCUUUUGCUGCACAUCUCUGCAGGCAGCCCGAGCCAAUCACAAAAAGGACACCUAGUGGUUUUAACCCAUCUCCAUUCACUCACCCUUCUGCCAUUUGCUCUCCCCCAUUUUCUAUUUUCACUCUCAUUUUGUAGACACCCCCUCUCCCUGUGUCUCCCCCUGCGCCACCUCACCUCUGCACUCUCUUAACUCUCCCUGCUAUCAUCUCUCAUUUUCUCUCCCACUCCUUCUGUAUCUUCAAGACUUCUCUGUCCAUUCUUAUUAUUUUCCACAAUCUUAAAUCCAAAUGUAAACCAAACACCUAAAUUGGAACCUGCCGUCACUCCCAAAUUGAUUGUCAGGUCUCAUAAAGGAUCUACAUUGGAUGACAGCGAAAUCUGUGUAAUUCUGUUUAAGGUUUUGUAAAAUAUCUGCAUGUCAAAUUGUAUAAAAUAAUAAAUUGAGUCAUUAAUAGGUCAGAAUCACGUCGACUUUCCUCUCCCCUCUCAGCUGCCUGUUCCAAAGAGAUGCCGCUGUUUCAACUUAUAUUAACAGCCAGAGACGGUAGAUUUUAUCCCCGGUAUCACUUCUCGAUUAUCUUCCUGUGUUUCAGCGUUCUGUGAUAAGGAGUUGAAGGAUAUUACCAUAUAUUCAUGAGUAAUCUCACCUUAGAAUGAAAUGAAAAAGCUCCACAUAAACCCCACAUCUUCACCACGUCCUCAUCACCUCUCCAUCUUUCUUUCAUCUUUGAUUGGGCUUCUUCAUAAUCAGAGCAAGCUCUUAAAACCAGACCGUUGAGCUGAAGGGUAACUGCCUAUAUUGCAGCUUCCUGGACAUCUUUAAACUUUACAGUGAGUCCUUGUUGGACUGAAAGUCGCUUGUUUCUUUUGUAGUGAUUUUAGCCAUGACAGCGGCAUGUCUCUAGGGAUGUUGGUCGGUCAGUCGGUCCACCACUUUACUCCAGACUGGAUGAUUACCAUGAAAUUUGGUACAGACAUUCCUGGUUCCCAGAUAAUGACUCCUUCUGACUUUGAUGACUUUAAAUCUAGCGCCACAAUGUGGUUGAGAUUUGUGGUUUUGAGUAAAACGUCUCAUCAACUAUUGGAUGAGACUUUUUUCAUUAAAUAGAGUUCGGUAACUUUUCUGACACCUCCUGCUUAAAACCCCAAAAGUCAGAAGGAUCAUGAGGCCCUGCUUUCACAGUCUGUAUUCAUACUGAAAAUCAAGUCAUUUUUCUUUGUCCGGGCACAUUGAAGUGGUCUAAAUCCAUACCAAGAAGAUUCACUUGUAUAAAACAAGAUUUCCUCAAGACAAAGGCUAAGUGGGCCUAAUAAUUAUCACCAAUCUCAGCAACAACAUUGAACAAUUUAGCAUGAAAAUUUGUCUCGCUAUCUUGGGCAGGAAAUUAAACUUUUAACUCUUGCCAAGUGGAUGAGUGGUGAGUUCAGAAAAGAGAGGAAUAGACCGAUGAUCGUAAUAUUAUUUGUCCAAAUUUACCCAGGAGAUCAGUCUAUUACUAUUUUCUAAAUUGAAUGUUGUUGUUUUUUCCUGAAAUGAAUCCACUUGUCUCUGUAUUUUGUCCUCCCCAACCUCACCCAUCUUAACUCUCCUGCACCGUUUCAGCUCUUCUUCACCGUCUCUCUCCUCUCCCACUCUUCUAAAAUGUAAUCCUUUACUCCAAAUCUUUCUCACGUCUCCCUCUUACACUGCAUUUCCUUUUGCUACCUUUUUUCUCCUUUCUUC